GGUCGCUAUGGCGACCAGUGUGAAAGGCAAUGUGACACCUGUCUGGCGGAAACCAAGUGUCAACAGGUUGACGGACGGUGUGAUGAUGAAUGCAUGCCGGGAUAUUACGGCUCCUUUUGCCGACAGAGCUGUACCACGUGUAUCACGUGCACAAAGUCGACCGGUCUAUGUACAACGUGCACCCGCGGGCAAUACGGAGAGUUGUGCCAGUACAACUGCAGUCGCGCAUGCGUGCCGGUAGGGAGCAUCAUUUCCUGUGACAUCGUAACGGCCGACUGCGCGUCCCGUCAGUGUACGGCCGGUUACUGGGACACGGACUGUUUUUCGUUCUGUAACCCGAAUUGCGGCAGAAGUAACACGACGGGUCUGGUUUCGUGUGACUUCCUGACUGGUCGGUGUAGCUCGGAGUGCGUUUCCGGUUGGUACGGGAGCCACUGUGACAGGAAGUGUGAAUCUCUUUGUUAUGACGGCAGGUGUGACCGGAACCAGGGCGUCUGUGUGGAAUGUCUGAAGCCAAACCCUGACUUCAACUGCCCCUCCGGACUUUGCACAGAGGGCUACUACGGCCAGAGCUGUCAGACCCUCUGCUCCACGGGCUGUGUACGCACGUGUGACCGGUACACCACCAAGUGUGCCAACUGCAGGGACGGGCUGUGGGGAGACACGUGCGACAAGAACUGUACCGCCACGAACUGCAAGGUAUGUAGUCAGUCUACCGGGCAGUGUAACGAAUGUGCUUCAGGCAAAUGGGCGCUCAGCUGCUCCGCGGAUUGUGGACGAUGUUCGCCGGAAGCGUUUGGUAUCGUCCGAUGUGACAUAAACACCGGGAUAUGCAGCACUGACUCUUGCGUACCGGGUUACCAUGGAAACGGGUGUCAGAACACGUGCGGCUUUACCUGCAAGGAUUCCACUUCCGGUGUGAACGAAUGCAACCGCAACACGGGGAUUUGCACGAACGGUUACGAUAUCGGGUACUACGACGUCUACUGUGACAAGAAUUGUAGCGACAGAUGUAGAAACAGAGACUGCGCGACGACCGCCAACGAUUGCCGCCAGGGAUGCGCGUUCGGUUACUAUGGCUUCGGCUGCCUGACGGACUGUCCGUCAAACAGUACAUUAGCUUGCCCAACUGGUACAUAUGGACUUUUCUGUAACCAGUCGUGUGCUGCCGGAUGUGCGGGCACUUGUGACAGAUACUCCUCUGUUUGCACCGGAUGUGACGAUGGAUUGUACGGACCACAGUGUUCGCUGAUCUGCGGAAAAUGUUCUCCUAUUAGAUGUGACCAAAACACAGGCUCGUGCAGCGUCUGUCAGAACGGUUACUACGCCGGCGGAUGCAACACCCCGUGCCUGUUCGCGAACUGUGACACGUGCAACAAAGACAGCGGCCAGUGCAGUACGUGCAAGACUGGUUUCUACGGAACCCGGUGUGACCUGAGUUGUAGCCCUAACUGCGCCGCUAACAUCAACGGUGUGAUAUCGUGCAGUAAAGAUCUCGGGCUCUGUGAUGAGCAGAGAUGCAGGCCGGGAUACUGGGACACCACGUGCACUAUUCAGUGCAGCGCCACCUGUCUAAGGGACAGCGCCGGUAACCGGAUAUGCCAGUUCAGCAACGGCACUUGUAUCGUGGGAUGUGAGGAUACCUACUUCGGGUCGGAGUGCGGUCAGAGCUGCAGCGCCGCCUGUGUAGCCAGACAGUGCGGUCGCACAGGUGUGUGCUCCGCCCAGGGUUGUGUAACGGGUCGCUAUGGUGACAGGUGCGAGUUCUCAUGUUUGGACACGUGCAACGACAACACGUGCGGCAGGACUUCCGGUGUAUGUGAUGAAUGCAACAAACUUCCACAGCUGCACAGCGCGUUAUGCAGAACGGCAGGUAAGUCUCCGUCUGUCUGA